AUGAUGUCGCAAAACACCAUCUUAGGCCUGUGGCUCUCGAGCCUGGCCGCCACAUUGGCAUCACCUCAGCCUCAACUAACAUCUCUCAUCGAAUCGGGAUCCUCCACCCUCAACUGGAAGCCAUGUGACCUGGACCUCUCCGAUGAGAUCAAGGCUGCCAUGAGAGAACGUGGGUACUGCGCCACACUCGAGUUGAUCCGCUUCAAUGCUACCAAGGAGCCAUUCAAGGGCAGCGUUUUGUGGAACCCUGGUGGUCCUGGAAUUUCAGGCAUUGAGACAUUUGCUACUCUUGGCCCAGACUUUCGCGAUAUCAUUGGCGGCCAUCACCAUGCGAUUUCUUUCGAUCCUCGCGGUGUUGGCCGAACUAUCCCGUUCUCAUGCCGCCCCCAAAACACCCCUGCCAAGGUGACCCGUCGAGGCGAUAGUACCUUGCCUCAAGCCGACCUCUGGUCCUAUAUCAAGAACCAGAAGUGGGCCGAGCUCUCAGCCAUAGCCGAUGCUUGUUAUACGACUCAGCAGGAAUACGGCCGUUAUAUCAGUACUGCCUUUGUGGCUCGUGACAUGAUGAAGAUCGUCGAUGCCCUCGGUGAGGAUGGAAAGCUGAGAUACUGGGGUAUCUCAUACGGAACUAUCCUGGGUCAGGUCGUUGCCUCUCUAUUCCCGGAUCGUAUUGGACGACUGCUGCUCGACUCCAAUUCUCUCGCCGACUCUUACCUUACAUCUACUGGAGUCGGUGGUCCUCGCGAUGCCGAAAAGUCUCUGAUGUACAUGUUCUCUGAGUGUGUCAAGGUUGGGCCCAAGACUUGUCGGCUGGCUAACUACGCUGGCCGACGCACCCCAGUUGAGGAUCUGCGAGAUGCCGUUGAGGACCUCUUUCAGAAGUUGACCGAGAUGAAGAACCUUCCACCUGGUCUCUCGAAGGAGGAAUUCCCGGCCGGAGGCAACUCCGUCCUGCAGCGACUUAAGAUGCUCAUUAUCGAAGGCCUGUCCAGUCCUGGUGGAUACCCCAAGGUUGCGACAAUGCUAUUCCAAGCCCUCAACGGCCGCUGGAAGAAGGCUCUUGCCGUCGAGGAGACACCUGAAUCAGAAUGGAACCGAGGCACCGAGUCAUUCGCCGGAAUCGCGUGUUCCGACUCAUCUUUCCGAGUCCAGGAUCCUAAUGAUCUCUACCCGAUGUACCGAGCACAUCUCGCUGAGAGCUCUUUCGGAGAUGCUAUCGCCGCCGAUUAUCUGGGCUGCGGUGCUUGGCGCUUCCAAGCUGCGGAAGGUGUUGACACCGACAAGCUUCGAAACGUCAACACGAGCUUCCCGGUUCUUGUUAUCAACGGCGCCUAUGACCCCGUGACAUCAUUGACCCACGCAUGGCAGGUUUCUUCCAGAUUUAAGGGAAGCCGUAUGCUUGUGCACGAAGGAGUUGGUCAUGGUGUCACCUACCACGCUUCAAACUGCACCCUGAAUGCAAUCGCCACCUACUUCCGUGAUGGUGUUUUGCCCGAGGUUGGCGCUGUGUGCAAGCCCAACAUGUUGGCGUUUGAGUAUGCAAAGUUGAUUAGUUAG